AUGAAGAAGGUGCUUCAUCGAGGCUUUAAGCCUGCUAAAUGCAAAACAGCUUUGAACAUGGCGAUUCCACGCCUGAAGAUACUGAAGAACAAGAAAGAGAUCCAGAUUACACAGCUGAGGAGAGAAUUAGCUAAAUUGCUCGAAGCUGGGCACACCCCUAAAGCUCGAAUUCGGGUGGAACAUGUGGUGAGGGAAGAGAAGACAGUCGCUGCUUAUGAGCUCAUUGGAAUCUAUUGCGAACUUAUUGCUGUUCGUUUGGAUGUUAUCGACUCUCAAAAAAACUGCCCCAUUGAUCUGAAAGAAGCCGUCGCGAGUGUCUUAUUUGCUUCCCAGAGGUUAUCGUCAGAUGUUCCCGAGUUCUCUGAAAUCGCCAAGCAAUUCACAACCAAGUAUGGAAAGGAUUUUGCUACGUCCGCUAUUGAGUUGCGUCCAGAUUCUGGUGUGAGCCGUCUGUUGGUGGAGAAGUUGUCUGCCAAAGCACCCGAUGGUCCAACAAAAGUCAAGAUCUUGAUGGAAAUUGCUACGGAGCAUAAUGUUGUAUGGGAGGCGAAAUCUUUUAUGGAACCAGAUCCUAAAGACACUGAGCUCUUGAGUGGAGCAAGCACGUUUCAGUCAGCGAGUAGUGUAAACGUGGAACCACCUCGAAACGUCCAACCACCAGCUCCUGUCAAUGCUCAACAUACAUCAAGUGAGAGACAUCAUUCAUCAGACAACUCUUACUAUGCAAGUGAUGGAAGAUCUUCAAGCCAUAGCAACAAUCAAGAUCAUCAUCCAAAUGCAAGACCUUCUCAGUCUAGGAUUGAUGAAGGAGAAUGUAGAAAUCCAAACCAUGGCGAUGAUAAUCCAUCUUCAAGAAGUAACCAUAGGUGGGAAACUAGUGAGUUUUUCGAUUCUACGGAUGCUGCGCGUGCGGCUGCUGAAGCUGCUGAAAGAGCAAGCUUUGCUGCUAGAGCAGCUGCUGAGCUUUCCAGCAAAGAAAGGAUGACGAGACAGGAUUCACCAGAGUCUCAUGUAUCCUCUUCUUCGGUUAACUUCAGAAACGAACCUUCACACAGACACAACAGAUCCAAUGUACAAAGCGAAGGUUUUUCUGAAGAUCAUUCAUCUCCAAGACGAAAUGUUAUGGACAGAACCCGACAAGAUAGAUACGGUAGAGCAAAGGAAUCCGAGAUUCCGCCUGUAGAUAAGCCAUCAGAGAGACAUUCCUUGGAGAGCUUGAGAAAGAAUGGUUCCUUUGGUAAAACAGGUAGAGAGAAGCAGCCAAGUGAAAGCGAGGAUGAGGAGGAUGUAAGCGUUGGUUACUCGGAAGAUGCUCACCUCAGGAAGCAGUCAAGCAGGGCUUCAUCGCAUUCACAUUCAAGCAACUAUUCUGAUGAGGAUGUCACUGGCUCAGAUUACAGGAAGACACCGAGCGUCGUGGAGGAAAACGUUUUUGCCACUGAUUAUGAUCACCGGUCUCAUAGCAGCUUUAAAGAUAUAGAUUCCCAUGAGCAUGGACGUUAUGAUGAUGCUGGUGCUGAUACUUUUGAUGAUUAUGGCUCUUAUUUCGAUAAACCUAAGUUUGACGCUGAAGAUGAUUACGAUCAUGGUGUGGGAUUUUCAUUGCUUGGCAGCAAUGCACCUACUCUUGAGCCAACACCAGCUGCUUCCUGGAGCUUCAAAGGAGACCAUAAUACCUCUCGUGGAAAUUACAGCUCAAGUUCUCCAUUCUUUGAUGAUGUCUCUACAAGUCCUCCGGCUUCUUACCAUGAGCCCGACCCACAUGCCAAGUUUGACAAUUAUGGUCGAAAUUCAGAAAGCGAUGAUGAUCAGCCGAGACACAGAGGUAAAGUAAUGGAGAAUCUGACAUCUGAUCGAUCUCAGAAGUUUCAAGUCUCUGAUCCUGUGAGACAUGAAGAACAUCACAAAGAUGAUUCAAGGACACUGGACGAAUCAGAUUCUGAGGCUGAUGCAGAUGCUCAGACUGGUCUGAAUUUUAGACCUUUGCUCGGUGGAUUUAGGAACAAAAAGACACUCCCACCUUACAGAGUUAGCCCGGCAACAAACGAGGGAUUGUCCAAGUCUGAAAAGGAACACAAUGGAACGGAUGAUUUUGGUCAGUCAAUGCCUACUUCUAGCAGUAGCAGAAAAGAUAUCUACACUAAGAAAGGAAGCAACAGCGAGAAGAGACCAAGCUCUACACCACCACAUCCGUCUUCUAGUGAUGACGACGACUCAGAGAUCCAACUUCGUACAAGAAGAAGAGAAACAAAACCUCGAUCCUCACACCAUUCCCAUUUCACCCAUGAUGAUGACUCAGAGGACGAGCUUCCAACAAGAGCUUCUGCCAGAGGUCAAGAGAGGACUCAUAAGCCAACAACGGGAAUGAGAGAUGAGGAACAAGUUGAUAAUGCCAAGCCAGCUAAAACAAAAGGGUUCUCUCUAAGGACAAAGGGGCAAGUGAAAGCUCAUGAGAAGCGUUCAUUUCCAGUGACAACAACGAAAACCGACCAAGAGUCUUAUGACCAGCAAUCUCCAAAAUCAACUUCAGAGCACAAGACAGUAACUUCCAGCUCUGUUCCACAAACUGUAAAAUCACCAGAUCCAGAAACCCCGUCAAAGGAGAGAGCUAGUCAUGUUCAUCCUAACCUCCCUGAUUAUGACGAUAUCUUUGCAAGGCUCGGUGCUCUCCGUUCUACUAACCGCCGUUGA